AUGGUAUCAAUAUCUACGCUCGUCAUUUUAAUAUCAAUCGGAUUGGUUUACAGUACACCUGUUAGCGGAGAAUCUUGCGAGGCUCAAGUAUACAAUUCUCCAGGUGUAUGCGAGAGUCGAUUAUUUAUCUCCAAACCAUGUGAUUCGGCGACGCUCAAUUUAGGUGCGACGAAUUUUAAAACAUGCACUGAUGUUAGGCUUUCAUGGGAUUAUCCGACGAAUAAUUUAACCAUGAUUAUUGAAACACCUUUCACACAACAGCGUCAACCAUAUGUUGUUAAUCUUGACAGCUAUUGGGUAUUUGGUGGUACAACCUAUCGACUACUAGACGGCAAAGAAAUUGAAUUGCAAUCAGAUGAUAAAACUUUACCACAAAAAUCGGAUUCCAAUUAUCAAGUUGUAUUUAAAUUACAAUUUCCACCAUCGCCCACCUUAUAUGUCUUGUUUUUUAAUUAUAAUGUUACCAAAGUUUGAUAGAAAGUCAUUUGUUCAAAUAAAUUUCUUUCUUCUGAAUAAACAAUAAAAAGAAAAGAACAUCUUUUGAAAACAACUAAUUUAGCUGUUACAAAAUCCAAAAUAAUUUUUUUGUUUUCAUUGGUAAAAAGAAACUUGAUAUAAUCAGAUUAUUCUUUACCUACUCUCUCGUAUUAAAUAAAGUAUGCUCAGCGAAUAUAUUCAUUAAUAAGAUAUCAAUAUAUAUUCAGAGAUAAACGGAACAAAAAAUAUUUUGUUAUUUUCUCUUUCGAAGAUAUAGUUGAAUAUUAUCAGCGAAAUAGUUGCCGGUUUGUUCUCGAGCGAGCACUAAGCGCAGUUCACGCACUCGUACUAAAACUUCUCGUGAAUCUGUGAAUGAUUGCCAAACAAAUGCAUUAGACUUUAAUGGAUGAUCUGAAAAAUGAUAAAGAUGAAAAAUAUUUUUUUAUUAAUUGAAGAAAAUAAAACUUACCGAUAAAUGUCACUCAAUUCAUAACUUCGUCAUGAAAAAUUCCCGAGAGAAAAAAAUAACCACCAUCACAUUUGACAUUCAGAGAAAACGUGUAAUUGACUUCAUUGCUGACAAUAAACACUGAAAAGUUGCUCAUGUCAAUAUUCUGAUACAUUGUCACACCUUUACCAUUUUGAGUUUUAGUGAAAUUAAAAGUGUAAUUACCGUAGAACGAAUGGAUUACAGGAUUUAUUGCCGUAUCCUUUACUGCCAUUGUAAACAUUUAUUUACAAAUAGAAUCUCUCAGUUUUGGCAAGUUACAGCACAACCUUUUUUCAUAGUAAGUUAUAUGAUUACGUUAGAUAAUUCUAAUGAUCAGAAUAGAAACUUUUGUUUGAGACCUAUGUCAAAGGUUUGUUUUUCAUGUCAAAUGUUCGUGAAAAUAUAUUGAAAUCUAACUAUAGUUUGUAAUCAAUUGAAUACAUUGAGAAGAAAAUUUUUCUGUUUUUCAGCACAAAGAUUUAUUUCUCAAGUCAAGCGUUCGUAGAAAUACGCUUGAAUUUAUCAAUAGUUCGUAAUUCAACAGAUAAAUCGAACAAAAAAUUUAUUCUCUGAUUCAAAAGUUUGUUUUUCAUGUCAAAAGUUCGUGAAAAUACAUCGAAAUCUAACUGUAGUUGGUAAUUAAGUUUGUAAAUUAAAGAAAAAAAAUUCUAUUUUCCAACUCAUAGAUUUUGUUUUCAUGUCAAAUGUUUGUGUAAAUGCACUGAAAUCUAACUAUAGUUUGUAGUUAAUUACAGAGAUGAAAAAAAAGAUUUUUUUAUUCUGUAGCUCAAAGGUUUACUUUUCAUCUCAAAUGUUCGUGAAAAUACAUUUAAGUUUAUCAAUAGUUCGUAAUUGAAUACAUAAACUUAAAAAACAGUUUUCUAGCUCAAAGGUUUGUUUCUUAUCUCAAAUGAUCGUAAAAAUUUAUUAAAAGGAUUCUACAGUUCAUGUAUUUUUUACUCAUGUUUAAUAGUCUAAUUUUGAUUUCUAAUAUUUCUAGAAGAAUUUCCUAAAAAGUAUAUUAAAUCAAAAGAUUUAGCAAAUCCUUAAUCUCACUAAAUGGAAUAUUAAUAUUGCAUUAUAUGACUCAUUUCUUAAUCCUAUAUUGUGAUCAUUAGUUUAUCUGAACUAUAAUUCAUAUAACUUACCAAUUUCAAUUAAUAAUUGAUUCGUUGAACAUGUUACAAUUUUAUUUUAUAUUUUCAAUAAGAUUAUUCAAGCAAGAAACAUGUUGAUAAUCCAAAUCCGGAGCAUGGGAUCAACAGAGAUGCAUUGAAACUCUAUCAAGCAGAUCAGAAAAUUUACAAUGAAACAGUGAGAGAGUGCACUAGGAAACAUGCUAUGAAAAAUGGCAAUUAAAAGACUUGAUUAAGUCACAGCAUUUACUGAUAUAUUUACGUCAGAUAUAAAGACAGACAUUGAAAAAAUCAUCCACACUAUUUAUUAUGUUUCCAACUGAACAAAAUUCGUUUUCUUAUGUGUUUAUUGAAAUAAAGGCAUAUAAAUUGGUUCGUACUCCAUAAACAGAAUCGGUGUUAAAUAUACAUGAGCAGAAGGUACAACAAAGAAAUAGUUUAAUUCUUAGGCAAAUCUUGAGUAUUCAUCAAUUAAUCACGGAUAUUUUUUUCCUUUUACUUAUGAAUAAAAUAAGGGUUCGUAACUAAAUGAACUAGCGAAUUUUGAUUAUCAAACAUCAACAAAACAAAAAGUCUUUUGCUUUGAUUCAUAUUCAUCUGAGUUUAUUUAAAUCAGUUAUGGAUUAAAAGGGUGUGGGCAUGGAAGGGUUGUGGGUGAUUAUCUUCAGCAGGACAUACUCACACCUACACCCACACUCGCAUCCACAUCCACUCACAUUCAUCCAUCCACGCUAACACCCACAUACCCUCACCCAGACCCACACCCGCUGCGUCUGGCCAUUAUUUUACGCCAGGUUUGCGUAGUAGCACUAUUCUUAACAAUGAAUGCAACACAUUUUAAUAGAGAAUGCUCGUGUAACACGAUGAUAUGAAUAAAUACGUUGGUAAAUCUUAGAAAAGCCUGAAUAUAGAAUUAGUUGUGACGUGAAGCAAUAAAAAGAGAAAAGAAAAGGAAUAUAUAAUCCGUGUUAGCAUUCCAUUUGUCACGAUUAAUUGUAAGGCAGUAUACAAUUAUUCUAGCUCCAUAAAUUCUUGUACCCCGGACGAAAUACAAAAUUCACCAUCUUUAGUACAGUGAUGGUCACCAC